CACUGGUAAACUGGGGAGUGUCUUAUGUAAUGUCCAUUUAAUCUUACUAGGAAGGAUCUCCAAAUUUCAACAAGAUGCACCCACUGGGACUGUGUAAUAACAAUGAUGAAGAGGAUUUGUAUGAAUAUGGCUGGGUAGGAGUGGUAAAGCUGGAACAGCCAGAAUUGGACCCGAAACCAUGUCUCACUGUCCUGGGCAAGGCCAAGAGAGCAGUGCAGCGGGGAGCUACUGCAGUCAUCUUUGAUGUGUCUGAAAACCCAGAAGCUAUUGACCAGCUGAACCAGGGAUCAGAAGACCCACUCAAGAGGCCAGUAGUGUAUGUGAAGGGCGCAGAUGCCAUCAAGUUGAUGAAUAUUGUCAACAAGCAGAAAGUGGCCCGAGCAAGGAUCCAGCACCGCCCUCCUCGGCAACCCACUGAAUACUUUGACAUGGGGAUUUUCCUGGCUUUCUUCGUUGUGGUUUCCUUGGUCUGCCUCAUCCUCCUUGUCAAAAUCAAGCUGAAACAGCGACGUAGUCAGAAUUCCAUGAACAGGUUGGCUGUCCAGGCUCUGGAGAAGAUGGAAACCAGAAAGUUCAACUCCAAGAGCAAAGGACGCCGGGAGGGGAGUUGUGGAGCUCUGGACACACUCAGCAGCAGUUCCACAUCUGACUGUGCCAUCUGUCUGGAGAAGUACAUUGACGGAGAGGAGCUGCGGGUUAUCCCCUGUACUCACCGGUUUCACAGGAAGUGCGUGGACCCGUGGCUGCUGCAGCACCACACCUGCCCCCACUGUCGGCACAACAUCAUAGAACAAAAGGGAAACCCAAGCGCUGUGUGUGUGGAGACAAGCAACCUCUCACGCGGCCGGCAGCCAAGGGUGACCUUGCCCGUGCAUUACCCCGGCCGCGUGCACAGGACCAAUGCCAUCCCAGCCUACCCUACCAGGACAAGCAUGGACUCUCAUGGGAAUCCCGUCACCCUGCUGACCGUGGACCGGCAUGGGGAGCAGAACCUCUAUUCUCCACAGACCCCUGCCUAUAUCCGUGGCUACCCACCCCUCCACCUGGACCAUACACUGGCCGCUCACCGCUGUGGCCUGGAGCACCGGGCCUACUCACCAGCCCACCCCUUCCGCAGGCCCAAGUUUAGCGGCCGCAGCUUCUCCAAGGCAGCUUGCUUUUCUCAGUAUGAGACCAUGUACCAACACUACUACUUCCAGGGCCUCAGCUACCCAGAGCAGGAAGGGCAGCCCCCACCUAGCCUUUCUCCUAGGGGCUCGUCCCGUGCCUUUCCACCGAGUGGCAGCAGCAGCCUGCUCUUCCCCACUGUGGUGCACAUGGCCCCGCCCUCCCACCUGGAGAGCGGCAGCACAUCCAGCUUCAGCUGCUACCAUGGCCACCGCUCAGUGUGCAGUGGCUACCUGGCCGACUGUCCAGGCAGCGACAGUAGCAGUAGCAGCAGCUCUGGCCAGUGCCACUGUUCCUCCAGUGACUCUGUGGUAGACUGCACUGAGGUCAGCAACCAGGGCGUGUACGGGAGCUGCUCCACCUUCCGAAGCUCCCUCAGCAGUGACUAUGACCCCUUCAUCUACCGUAGCCGGAGCCCUUGUCACACCAGUGAGGCUGGGGGCUCAGGCAGCUCAGGCAGGGGGCCUGCUGUGCGCUUCGAGGGCUCCCCGCCACCUGAGGAGCUCCUGGCAGCACACAGUCAUGGUGCUGGGCGGGGAGAGCCUUGGUUGGGCCCUGCCUCUCCCUUAGGGGACCAGCUGUCCACCUGCAGCCUGGAGAUGAACUAUAGCAGCAACUCCUCCCUGGAGCACAGGGGGCCCAAUAGCUCUACCUCAGAAGUGGGGCUCGAGGUUUCUCCUGGGGCCGCCCCAGAACUCAAGAGGACCUGGAAGGGGGGCCAUGAGGGGCUGUCAUGUGCCUGCUGCUGUGAGCCCCAGCCCACCCCACUGGGACCCAGUGCAGGAGCAACUGGCAGCAGCACCUUGUUCCUGGGCCCCCCUGUCUGUGAGGGCUGUGUCCCCACAGGUGGGGAGCCACAGCCAGGAAGUUCCCAGGGCCUGUAUGGCCUUCACCCAGACCAUUUGCCCAGGACAAAUGGGGUGAAAUAUGAGGGCCUGCCCUGCUGCUUCUAUGAAGAGAAGCAGGUGGCCCAUGGCAGCGGAGGGGGCAGCGGCUGCUACACUGAGGACUAUUCGGUGAGUGUGCAGUACACGCUCACCGAGGAACCCCCACCCAGCUGCUACCCAGGGGCCCGGGACCUGAGCCAGCGCAUCCCCAUCAUUCCGGAGGAUGUGGACUGUGACCUGGGCCUGCCCUUGGACUGUCAAGGAACCCACAGCCUCAGCCCCUGGGGUGGGACGCCGGGUCCAGAUGUUCCACGGCCCCACAGGGGCCUAGGAGCAGCCUGGGAAGAGGAACAGGCUCUGCGCUGCCAGGCUGGGUCACUGCUACAGCCUGGCUGCCCUUCAGAGGAGGUGGGUGCCACCAGUGCCAGCUUUCCCAGUGCCCCCCAGGACACUCAGGAGUCCAGCGCCACAGCCACUGAGGCUACAGAACUGGAAUUUCACCCAGCAGACAGCAGUGGCACAGGAGCCUGAGCUCAGAAGGAACUCUUAUCUGGAAAUUGAGAACUGUGUGGAAACUCCAAACUCCAACUUCCUUCAAAAGAAAACACAUUUUUUUAGCUUUGACAAACACACAAAAGUGGUAAUAAAGAGAGCCCUCCUUCUCAACCCAAAAUGUGAGCCACCUGUGGCAAAAGUACCCCCCACCCCAUUAACAAACCAACAGACAAAAUUCUCUGAGUCCUUUGCUUCUUUUGAUAACAUGUUAUUCUUCUGUUUUGUAAAGUGUGUGUGCUUGGGGUUCGGAGGUGUGUGGGAUUGAGUUCUCUGCUUUGUUUUUUUAAGAUAUUGUAUGUAAAUGUAAAAAGUUAUUUAAAUAUAUAUUUUAAAGAACCCUAACCGCCAACUUUUGCUGAAAAAGAAAAAAAAAAAAUCACUGCUGCAUUAAAUGA